AUCAAUAUUUAUCAGUUUUGAAUUUAGUGUUGUGAGGUGUGUACUGAUAUCGAAAGAUGUUUGUAACGAACGUUUUUCGGCUACUUUUUCUUCUAUUGAAUUCGGGCAUUUUUCUGGAAAUCGACUCUUCAUCUUGCAAUGUCUUCGACAAGAAAGAUUUUGAUAGAAACUCAGAAUUGAAGUUUGUGCAUGUGCUUUUCCGGCAUGGCGAUAGAAGUCCCAUCAUACAAGCUCCAGGAGACCUAUAUGAUCAGUCAAAAUGGCCGGACGGAUUGGGCCAAUUGACGAACUUGGGAAAACAGCAGCAGUUCAACUUAGGUAAAUGGCUUCGAUCCAGAUACAAUGGUUUCCUAUCGCCGUCCUAUAAAUUCGAUGAAAUCUAUAUUCAAUCAUCCGAUGUUGACCGUACGUUGAUGAGCGCUCAGGCCAAUUUGGCUGGACUUUAUGCACCGAGAGGGAGACAAAUUUGGAAUCCGUUAUUACUAUGGCAACCAAUUCCCGUCCACACGCAGCCCCAGGAAACUGACUAUUUGAUUGCUGGAGAGGUUCCGCUUACGUGUACGUCUUACCAGAAAGCACUGGAAGCGCAUCAGGAAUCGCCCGAAUACCUCGCUGAACUUCAAGAGAAAAAACCUUUUUUCGAUUAUAUUUCUUAUCAUUUGAAUGCAACCGUUAUUGAAAAUUACAUGACUUUGCUGUUGUUAUGGGAUGGUUGGGUUUGUAAUACCGCCCAUAAUUUACGUAUUCCAAGUUGGGCGAAACCUCUUUUCCUAAACAACGAAGCAUACUACAAGGCAGCAUUAAAGUACUACUACCUAACGACCGAAACACCGUAUUUAGCCAAAUAUUUCGGUGGAUUCUUGUUGAAGGACAUCUUAGACCGGCUAUCAAGCAAAGUUGGAAAAACUCUCGACCCCGAUCGUAAAUUCUGGAUUUACAGUUCACAUGAUUCUAAGGUCUUCGGCUUUCUAAACUCGUUGGGUGUAUCAGAUAAUAAAUUCGCUGGCUACACGGCAACGGUUAUCGUGGAAUUGAGGUCGUACAAAGACGAAAACUACGUGCAAAUAAUUUACAAAAAUCUGAACGAAACUCCAUAUGUGAUCAACAUUCCUGGAUGUGGAUACGCCUGUCCAUUGGAGAAAAUGUACGAAAUCUAUGCUACCAUCAUACCCAAACAGCCAUUCGACGUUGAAUGUCAGAUCGACGAGUGAGCAGUUUGUCAGAAAGUUGUGAUAAUUCUUAUGUCCGUGCAGGAUAUCUUGUAAUCGAUGUAUCUCAAGUAAAACCCUUUUUUUGGCCAACCAAA